AUGGAGUUUGUUAGCAGAACAAGAACAAAAGGCAGGACAGGCGAUAUCAAGAAGGUGAUAGACGAUCGGUAUCCUCAUCGUCUUCAACUUUAUACACAUCCUCCUACAGAUACUAUUUCACUGCAAGAAUUUGAGGAGUUGGCCGUCGAGAGGUUAAAAGUGUUGAAAGCUGUUGAGACGGUCGGAAUCACCCACCAGAAAGGAACCAGCAAGUACACUGAGCUGCUGGAGAAAGAAAUCUCUGCAACAAAACUCAAGGACAGUAUUCUCAGAACUAAGACAGGACAGCCAGAGAAGGAAGUGGAAAACCGCCAGCGUGACCAUGUGUCUCAUUUUAUCCUCAGGCUGGCUUACUGCAGAUCGGAGGACCUCCGAAGAUGGUUUCUUGCCCAAGAGUUGGAUUUGUUUCGCUUCCGAUUUCAGAUGGAGGAUGCUGCAAGCAAAGCCCAGUUUUUGACAGCAAAUAACUUGAAAUAUAAACCGGUAUCCAAAGAUGAACGAAGUUAUGUAACUAAACAACUUGAUGGUCUUGACUAUAUCAGCAAUCAAGAUGACCUGGAGUUCUACAAAGUUCCUUUCACAGAAGCUCUGGAUCUGGUUAGGAACCGGAAAGUGUUUCUGCAGUCCGGUUAUGCUUACGUUCCACAGGAAGACCUGGUUUCUAUUUUGUUAUCUUUGUACAGAACUCAGUUGUCACAAGCGCUUUCUAUCACCUCUAGAGCUUUGCCAAGCAUGGAAGAAGAUGGUCGCCUCUUGCCGAUGCUCUGUGGCCUGAGCAAGCGAUAUCUAGGUCAGGAUUACGGCGUGCGACAACACAAUGUUGGAGUUGUCACUGCAGACAUGAUUGAAAUGCUGUCAAAGAAAUCUUUUCCGCUGUGUAUGCAAAAUAUCCAUGCUGCCCUAAAACAGAACCACCAUCUGCGACAUGGCUCUCGAUUGCAGUAUGGGCUCUUCCUGAAAGGAAUUGGACUUUCUCUGGACGAGGCCAUGAAAUUUUUUAGAACUGAAUUUACUAAAAGUAUGGAUGUGGAUACAUUCGACAAAAAGUAUUCCUAUGGAAUACGGUACAACUACGGCAAGGAAGGAAAGAAGACAGAUUACACUCCGUUUGGUUGUAUGAAGAUUAUCAUGAACAAUCCACCUGCGGCUGGUGAUUCUCAUGACACUUUGAUACAGAGAUUUUUGAAGCAGAGAAUUUCAACGUUUGGACUGCCAAAAGAAGGAGUGGAUGUGAUCAUGAAGUACACCAAGGGAGGCCACUGUCAAGUGGCGUGUGCAAAGUUCUUUGAGCUGACUCAUGGAAUCAGUGACAGCAGCAGUGAAGUGGAGAUGUUCAUUCAGCAUCCCAACCAGUACUUUGAGAACAGCCAGAAACUACUCAAUGGACCAGCCAAGCCUCCUUCUACUCCCAGAGGGGUGAAGAUUGUCAGUUCUCAGACUGGCACCCCAAAGUCAUCAGGGAGUGAGACUUCUAUCAAGUCGGAACCAGCAGACACAGCUGACCCAAUGAUGACUUUCUCAGAGGAAGAGCUGCAAGCACUUGAUGAUGAAAUGUUGUAA